AUGAAUUCGCAAGAUUUUUCAUCUUAUCAAAUGAAGUCGCCUUCAAUAGCUUUACCUCGGCAUUCAAUAAGCUCACCAUCGACAACAAUGAAUAUUCCACAACAUAAAUUUCCCAAACCAGAAUCAAACGGUUUACAAAUUGAAACUUCUUCAUAUAACUCAAAUAGACCUAGAAGGUUAUGGGUUAAACGAGGUAUUCAAGGGAAUCCAACUACUGUAUUAGCAGAAAAGGAUAGUAUAAUAGAUGAUUUAAAAUCGCUAAUAAUAAAUAAAUACCCAAAUACAAUUGGAAGAUUUGAUGAUGCUGCAAAUUUAAUACUAAAAAUUCAUUUUAAUAAUUCAACAUUGGCUUCCACUUCUCCCAGUACGAAAUUAAUAGAUUCAAAAGAUUUGAUUUUGGAGCCUGAUCAAAAUGUAUGGGAAUUAUUAGAUCAAUAUUUUCCUCAAGGAAUGCAAAUGAAAGAUGCUUUAAUAAUAGAUAGUGAUGGAACAGAUCAAUUAGAAACUUAUGCAAAACCAUCACCACAAACAGAAACCACUACAUUCAAGAAUUUCCCAUUGGCAAAGACUUACACUGCUGGCAGUAAAGAUAGAUCUAUGUCACCAUCAUCAGUAACUAAUCAAAAAAUUUUACAACGUUCAAAUUCUCAAAAUAAUGUUCCUACAAGUAACUCAAAUCCUCAAGCUGUUUUAUUACUACCUAAAAAUUUUUCAAUCAAUAAUAAUAAAAAAUCAUUAAAUGAAUCAACAGAAUUAGAAACUAAAACUGAUGAUCAAACACAAUCGACAGAAAAAGCUUCAUCUCCACCACCUGACCUAAAGACUAUAACAAAAGAAACCAAGCCUGAAAAAACAGUAGAUCCAGCAUUAGAUAAAGUACUACCAUCAAUUUCGGUACUUGUAGUAGAAGAUAAUGCAAUUAAUCAAGCAAUUUUAGGAGCAUUUUUAAGAAAAAGGAAAAUAAAAUAUCAAAUUGCUAAAAAUGGACAAGAAGCAAUAGAUAAAUGGAAAAAAGGUGGAUUUCAUUUGGUAUUGAUGGAUAUUCAAUUACCAGUAAAAUCAGGUAUAGAAGCAACAAAAGAAAUUAGACAGUUGGAAAAAAUAAAUAAAAUUGGAGUAUUUGAUGAUAACGAAUUAAAUAAAUUAGCAAUAGAUGAACUUAAUGUUGAAGAUAAAUUAGAUUCUUCUACAUUUAGAUCACCAGUUAUAAUUGUUGCAUUAACUGCGUCAUCUAAUUCUUCAGUUGAUAGAAAAAAUGCUUUAACUGCUGGUUGUAAUGAUUAUUUAACAAAACCAGUUAAUUUAGUUUGGUUACAAAAUAAAAUUACUGAAUGGGGGUGUAUGCAAGCUUUAAUUGAUUUUGAUGGUUGGAAAAGUAAAAAUAAUUGGAAUAAAACUAAUUCAUAG